UCAUUCAUCACAGGCUGUAACACAGAAUAAAAGUCACAGAAAAGGUGUUAAACGUCUAACAGCUCACGUAAGAGAUAAGACAUUUUCAUGUUUACAAUGUGGAAGAUUUUUUAGAUAUAAAUCAGAAUUAAUGAUACAUCAGAGAAAUCACACAGAGGAGAGGGCUUUUUCAUGUUCAGAAUGUAGUAAAUGUUUUAAGCAUAAAUCAGCUCUUGUUAUACAUCAGAGAAAUCACACAGGAGAGAAGCCAUUUUCAUGUUCAGAAUGUGGGAAAUGUUUUACCAAAAAUUCCCAUCUUGCUAUACAUCAGAGAGUUCACACAGGAGAGAAGCCAUUUUCAUGCUCAGAAUGUGGGAAAUGUUUUAAGCAUAAAUCAGCUCUUAUUAGACAUAAGAACGUUCACACCGGGGAGACAACAUUUUCAUGUUCAGAAUGUGGGAAAUGUUUUAAGCAGAAAUCCAAACUUGUUAUACAUCAGAGAACUCACACAGGGAAGAAGCCAUUUUCAUGUUCAGAAUGUGGGAAAUGUUUUCAGGAUAAAUCAGCUCUUAUUAGACAUCAGAGAAUUCACACAGGGGAGAAGCCAUUUUCAUGUUCAGAAUGUGGGAAAUGUUUUAACCAGAAAUCAGCUCUUGUUAGACAUCAGAGAAAUCACACAGGAGAGAAGCCAUAUUCAUGUCCAGAAUGUGGUAAAUGUUUUGAGUAUAAAUCAGCUCUUCUUAUACAUCAGAGAAUUCACACAGGAGAGAAGCCAUUUUCAUGUUCAGAAUGUGGUAAAUGUUUUCACCAAAAAUCAAAUCUUGUUACACAUCAGAGAAAUCACACAGGGGAGAAGUCAUUUUCAUGUUCAGAAUGUGGGAAAUGUUUUAAGCAUAAAUCAGCUCUUGUUGUACAUCAAAGAAAUCACACAGGGGAGAAGCCAUUUUCAUGUUCAGAAUGUGGGAAAGGUUUUAAGCAGAAAUCAGCUCUUGUUAAACAUCAGAGAAAUCACACAGGAGAGAAGCCAUUUUCAUGUUCAGAAUGUGGUAAAUGUUUCAACCAAAAAUCAUAUCUUCUUGUUCAUCAGAGAAUUCACACAGGAGAGAAGCCAUUUUCAUGUUCAGAAUGUGGUAAAUAUUUCAACCAAAAAUCAUAUCUUCUUGUUCAUCAGAGAAUUCACACAGGAGCGAAGCCAUUUUCAUGUUCAGAAUGUGGAAAAUGUUUUAAGGGUAAAUCAGCUCUUGUUGUACAUCAGAGAAAUCACACAGGAGAGAAGCCAUUUUCAUGUUCAGAAUGUGGGAAAUGUUUUAAGCAGAAAUCAGCUCUUGUUGAACAUCAGAGAAAUCACACAGGAGAGAAGCCAUUUUCAUGUUCAGAAUGUGAGAAAUGUUUUACCAAUAAAUCAUCUCUAUUUAAACAUCAGAGUAUUCACACAGGGGAGAAGCCAUUUUCAUGUUCAGAAUGUGGGAAAUGUUUUAACCGUAAAUCAAGUCUUGAUGCACAUCAGAAAAUUCACACAGGGGAAAAGCCAUUUUCAUGUUCAGAAUGUGAGAAAUGUUUUAACCAUAAAUCACAUUUUGUUAUACAUCAGAGAAGUCACACAGGGGAGAAGCCAUUUUCAUGUUCAGAAUGUGGGAAAUGUUUUAAUCAGAAAUCAGAUCUUGUUAUACAUCAAAGAAGUCACACAGGGGAGAAACCAUUUUCAUGUUUAGAAUGUGGUAAAUGUUUUCAUUGUAAAUCACAUCUUGUUAGACAUCAGAGAAUUCACAUAGGAAAGAAGCCAUAUUCAUGUUCAGAAUGUGGAAAAUGUUUCAACCAUAAAUCAGAUCUUGUUACUCAUCAGAGAAUUCACACAGGAGAGAAGCCAUUUUCAUGUUCAGAAUGUGGUAAAUGUUUCAACCAAAAAUCAUAUCUUCUUGUUCAUCAGAGAAUUCACACAGGAGUGAAGCCAUUUUCAUGUUCAGAAUGUGGAAAAUGUUUUAAGGGUAAAUCAGCUCUUGUUGUACAUCAGAGAAAGCACACAGGAGCGAAGCCAUUUUCAUGUUCAGAAUGUGGAAAAUGUUUUAAUGAUAAAUCAGCUCUUGUUGUACAUCAGAGAAAUCACACAGGAGAGAAGCCAUUUUCAUGUUCAGAAUGUGAGAAAUGUUUUACCAAUAAAUCAUCUCUAUUUAAACAUGAGAUUAUUCACACAGGGGAGAAGCCAUUUUCAUGUUCAGAAUGUGGGAAAUGUUUUAACCGUAAAUCAAGUCUUGAUGCACAUCAGAAAAUUCACACAGGGGAAAAGCCAUUUUCAUGUUCAGAAUGUGGGAAAUGUUUUAACAAUAAAUCACAUUUUGUUAGACAUCAGAGAAAUCACACAGGAGAGAAGCCAUUUUCAUGUUCAGAAUGUGGGAAAUGUUUUAACAAUAAAUCACAUUUUGUUAGACAUCAGAGAAGUCACACAGGGGAGAAGCCAUUUUCAUGUUCAGAAUGUGGGAAAUGUUUUAAUCAGAAAUCACAUUUUGUUAGACAUCAAAGAAGUCACACAGGGGAGAAACCAUUUUCAUGUUUAGAAUGUGGGAAAUGUUUUCAUUGUAAAUCACAUCUUGUUAGACAUCAGAGAAAUCACACAGGGGAGAAGCCAUUUUCAUGUUCAGAAUGUGGUAAAUAUUUCAACUAUAAAUCAUCUCUUGUUAACCAUCAGAGAAUUCACACAGGAGAGAAGCCAUUUUCAUGUUCAGAAUGUGGUAAAUGUUUUCACCAAAAAUCUAAUCUUGUUACACAUCAGAGAAAUCACACAGGGGAGAAGUCAUGUUCAUGUUCAGAAUGUGGGAAAUGUUUUAAGUAUAAAUCAGCUCUUGUUGUACAUCAAAGAAAUCACACAGGGGAGAAGCCAUUUUCAUGUUCAGAAUGUGGGAAAGGUUUUCAGCGGAAAUCAGCUCUUGUUAAACAUCAGAGAAAUCACACAGGAGAGAAGCCAUUUUCAUGUUCAGAAUGUGGUAAAUGUUUCAACCAAAAAUCAUAUCUUCUUGUUCAUCAGAGAAAUCACACAGGAGCGAAGCCAUUUUCAUGUUCAGAAUGUGGUAAAUGUUUCAACCAAAAAUCAUAUCUUCUUGUUCAUCAGAGAAUUCACACAGGAGCGAAGCCAUUUUCAUGUUCAGAAUGUGGUAAAUGUUUUGAAUAUAAAUCAGCUCUUCUUAUACAUCAGAGAAUUCACACAGGAGAGAAGCCAUUUUCAUGUUCAGAAUGUGGUAAAUGUUUUGAAUAUAAAUCAGCUCUUCUUAUACAUCAGAGAAUUCACACAGGAGAGAAGCCAUUUUCAUGUUCAGAAUGUGGUAAAUGUUUUCGCCAAAAAUCAAAUCUUGUUACACAUCAGAGAAAUCACACAGGAGAGAAGCCAUUUUCAUGUUCAGAAUGUGGGAAAUGUUUUAAGCAGAAAUCAGCUCUUGUUGAACAUCAGAGAAAUCACACAGGAGAGAAGCCAUUUUCAUGUUCAGAAUGUGAGAAAUGUUUUACCAAUAGAUCAAAUCUAUUUAAACAUGAGAGUAUUCACACAGGGGAGAAGCCAUUUUCAUGUUCAGAAUGUGGUAAAUGUUUUAACCGUAAAUCAAGUCUUGAUGCACAUCAGAAAAUUCACACAGGGGAAAAGCCAUUUUCAUGUUCAGAAUGUGGGAAAUGUUUUAACCAUAAAUCACAUUUUGUUAGACAUCAGAGAAGUCACACAGGGGAGAAGCCAUUUUCAUGUUCAUAAUGUGAGAAAUGUUUUAAUCAGAAAUCACAUUUUGUUAGACAUCAAAGAAGUCACACAGGGGAGAAACCAUUUUCAUGUUUAGAAUGUGGUAAAUGUUUUCAUUGUAAAUCACAUCUUGUUAGACAUCAGAGAAUUCACAUAGGAAAGAAGCCAUAUUCACGUUCAGAAUGUGGAAAAUGUUUCAACCAUAAAUCAGAUCUUGUUACUCAUCAGAGAAAUCACACAGGGGAGAAGCCAUUUUCAUGUUCAGA